AGUCGCCUUGCAGAGCUAGCGGGUAGAUGUGGGGUCGGGCUCCCGCCCCACCCCGAGGCCCCGACGGGCCUGUGGGCGCCUGAGCUCAGCUCUUGGCACCUUACCUCAACCAGGUGGUGGAGGAGGGGGCGGGGCCUUCUCCUGCCUCUGCAAAUCACCCUUCUUAGGGCCAUAAUUGGACCUCUUGACCUGCUGCUAGGCCCAUGGGGAACGAUGCUGUUCCCAGCAGGGACCCCAACCCUCGGGGGGCUUUUAUGGGACGACAGACUUAAACCGUAGUUGAUAAAUACACCUUUAAUUCGCAACUGAAUAGGAUGGGUUUAAGACGAUAUUUGUUUCACUGGGGAUCUUUGCACAUCUCAGCGGGGUCAAAAGACAAACGUUUGUCUUUAUCUUUUGCGGGGAGUGAGAGUUUGGAAGGAAACUUUUCCCUCCCAUCCUUCCUCUGCUAGGAUCUUUUCUAUUCCCAGAGUACGUUCUCCCUCGAUUUGGACUUCCUUUUCCCUUUACCCUUUUGGCUUCAACUUACUCACCUGCAAAACUUCCCUCUCACCUUUGUUCUCAGGUGUCUCUGCCCCCGCCUCCGCAACCUUUCCACCCAGACUCGCUCUCCGCCCCCUUCUUCCUUUGUACCUCCGCUCUCUCCGUCUCCUCGGGUAUUCUUCGCUAAUAACUCUUUCUCCCUUCCUCGCUCCCCUGCUCCCCUCACCCCGGUCAACCCUGUCCCUACCACCCUACCCCAGCUGUCCUCUCGCCCAGCACAUCUACGUUUCUGCUUUCCUGCCAACUGUUCUCCCCCGAUUCCCCUAGGUGUUCACUGCCUCUCCCUUCUGUUCCACGCUCUUGGCGACUCUCGGCGGGGAGCCCAGAGACACUUCUGGAGCCUGUCUUCCGCGGGGAAAUCCGCGGCGGCGGCGAUUCCCGGCGGAGCGGAGGCCGCCUCGCUCCCGGCUUCCUCAGCGGGCCGCAGAGAGAGGAGCUGGCGCUGGACUGCAGCGACGGGUGCCGCUGCACGACCCGGGCAGCCUCUCUUUCCCAGUGAAGAAUAUCUCAGGUGAAAACAAAUUUCAUCAUUUUUGUGAUUGUGCAGGACCAGAGAUAGGCUCAAGUAUGAUCCUGAGAACACAUUUUUUUUUUAGUGCAUAAUAUGUGCCAAGAACUGGGACUACAAGAGCUAAAGAAGACACUGUUGUCUUUACCCUCCAAGAGGUGAGAAGAUGGCAAGGAAGCAUGUGCAUGUAAUUGCUGCAAUGCAGAAAAGCCUUGGUUUUUAUCAAAUGCAUAACUGUCUAUUAAAGGAAACCAAACUGCAGUGGAAGUCUAACGUAUGAAAAUACAGAAACUGCUUUGGUUGAUUCAAAAUGGGAACAACAGGUGAUGAGAUGGUGUCUGUGGAACACACUUCCUCCUCCUCCUUCAACCCUCUGUGUUUUGAAUGUGGCCAGCAGCACUGGACGAGAGAAAACCACUUGUACAAUUACCAGGACGAGGUGGACGACGACCUGGUCUGCCAUAUUUGCCUUCAGCCCCUGCUGCAGCCGCUCGAUACCCCCUGUGGACACACAUUCUGCUGCAAGUGCCUCAGAAACUUCCUACAGGAGAAAGAUUUCUGCCCAUUGGACCGCAAAAGACUUCACUUUAAGUUGUGUAAGAAGUCUAGUAUUCUAGUUCAUAAACUGCUGGACAAAUUAUUAGUGUCAUGUCCAUUUUCUUCCGUGUGCCAAGAUGUAAUGCAACGCUGUGACCUGGAGGCACAUCUUAAAAACAGGUGUCCUGGAGCUUCUCAGCGGAGAGCUGCCCUAGAGAGGAGGAAAACUAGUAAAACUCAGACAGAGCUUGAAAGUGAAAAUGGAACCACCAUAAUAGAUCUUCCUGGUACUUUAUCACCGGAAACAGACUGUUCAGAGACAGGCACAGCGCCCCCUGAGCGGAACUUGACCUCAGCAUCUCUUCCUGCAUGGACUGAGGAGCCUGGCCUGGACAACCCUGCCUUCGAGGAGAGCGCUGUGGCCGACGCCACACAGCAGCCACCCAGUUUACCAGAAGGCGAAAUUACCACGAUUGAAAUUCGCCGUUCAAAUCCUUACAUUCAGUUAGGAAUUAGCAUUGUGGGUGGCAAUGAAACGCCUCUGAUUAACAUCGUUAUCCAGGAAGUCUAUCGGGAUGGGAUAAUCGCCAGAGAUGGAAGACUCCUUGCUGGAGACCAGAUUCUUCAGGUCAACAACUACGAUAUCAGCAAUGUGCCCCACAACUACGCCAGAGCUGUGCUCUUGCAGCCCUGCGGCACCCUCUUGCUCACUGUGCUUCGCGAGAGGCGCUUUGGUAACCGCGCGCACAGCAACUCUGACGGGACCUCCCCACGAGAAGAUGUCUUCCACGUGGCGCUUCAUAAACGUGACUCCGGUGAACAGCUCGGCAUUAAGCUCGUGCGAAGGACGGAUGAGCCAGGCGUUUUUAUUCUUGACCUGUUGGAAGGGGGGCUGGCAGCGCAGGAUGGGAGGCUCAGCAGCAGUGACCGCGUGCUCGCCAUCAAUGGGCACGACCUGAAGCACGGGACUCCCGAGCUGGCCGCCCAGAUCAUCCAGGCUAGUGGAGAAAGGGUGAAUUUAACAAUUGCUAGACCUGGGAAACCCCCGCUGGGAAACGCUAUCCGAGAGGCAGGAACCCAGAGCAGCAGCCAACAGCCAGCACAGCCACUGUGUUACAGCAGACCCAGCUCACACAAGGAUCUUACCCAGUGUGUUACAUGCCAAGAAAAACACAUUAUUGUAAAGAAGGAACCACACGAGUCCCUUGGAAUGACAGUAGCCGGGGGCAGGGGAAGUAAGAGUGGUGAGCUGCCCAUCUUUGUGACCAGUGUGCCACCCCAUGGCUGCCUUGCACGCGAUGGCAGAAUCAAGAGAGGUGAUGUAUUGUUGAAUAUCAAUGGCAUUGAUUUGACCAAUCUGAGCCACAGCGAGGCUGUGGCUAUGCUGAAAGCCAGUGCUGCGUCCCCCACCGUCGACCUCAGGGCACUUGAGGUCCAGGUGGCUGAGGAGGCCACCCAGGCCACAGAUGGGCUGCCAAGCACGUUCAGUGAGAAUGAGUAUGAUGCCAGUUGGUCCCCAUCGUGGGUCAUGUGGCUGGGGCUUCCAAGUUCCCUUCAUAGCUGCCAUGAUAUAGUUUUACGAAGAAGCCACUUGGGAAGUUGGGGCUUUAGUAUUGUUGGUGGAUAUGAAGAGAACCACACCAAUCAGCCUUUCUUCAUUAAAACCAUUGUCCUGGGAACUCCUGCUUAUUAUGAUGGAAGACUAAAAUGUGGAGACAUGAUCGUGGCCGUGAACGGCCUGUCGACUGUGGGCAUGAGCCAUUCCGCUUUGGUCCCCAUGCUGAAGGAGCAGAGGAACAAGGUCACCCUGACGGUCAUUUGCUGGCCUGGCAGCCUGGUGUAGAUUUUGAAACUGGUUAUGAGUCCACCAUCUUCCCUUUUCAGGUUCUACAAAGAAAGCCCUUUAGUUGUAUAGUGUUUCUGGUUGUUAGGAGCUGGUCUGUGCAGGGCCCAAAACCACUAAGAUUGUCCUUCUGUUAUUAUUUCAGUGGUUUUCCACAAGCGAGCCACAUUUCUUUCAGCUGGGAACCAGUCUUCUGCUAAUCCUGUGAGUUCAUAUUUUCAAAAUGUGACCUAUAAUCAUGAAUGAAGUCUGCCCAAACUGUGACCCAACCAGCUGGGCUCGAGGGUUUCUGGUGGCUGUUUGUUUUCACGGACUGAGUCAUAAAAUGAGCUACACAUGCCCCAGGACCAGUACCAGUGACAACAGUUGCUGUAGCGUUUACUGUCUCUGUUGCCACCAGUGCCAUGAGUGGAUACAUUUUAAAUUUGGAUGGUAACCCUUUCCCGUUUUUUCAUCGGUGCCAACAUUUCAACACAUCGUGCUGUUUAUAAGGUGAUUUUUCUGGCUAUUUUAUUUCUAGUUUAAUCUCUCAGUACCUAUAAAUGAUGAAAGCAUGAGUUUGACACUACUAAAAAAUAAUGUACUGUUAUUAGAAUAGCAGAGAAUAAAUGCUAAUGUUAUCCAGUGACGCAGGAAUUUGGGAGAUAAUUAUAGUUUAGUGCUGGAGAUGGUAAAAGCUGCGUUUACUUGAACACGUCCAAAAGCAUUAAAGAUUCUUUUCCAAAGGAAUGUUUUGUUAUGUAGGAAAAUUUUGAAGCAGUUUUUGCUGAAAAUCAUUUUCUAGAGUUUAUAAUGUCCUAUCAGCAAACUCAGCUGGUAACGUUUUUGUGAUUUAUGUAGUUAAACUAGAUGGUAAAGACAAAACCAUAUUGCAAUUAAAUACACACUCAUAUUACAGCUAAGUAGGAGAAGGUAGGCCUUUUUAUUUUAUUCUUAUAAGACUCUUGAGUGUUUUAGAAACCCUUAUUUUUCCCAUUAUUUCUUUAAUUAUGAACUUAAUUAUCUCAAGAAAAAGUCUGAAAAGUUCUGUGUGUGUGUGUGUGUGUGUGUGUGUGUGUGUGUGUGGUCUUGUUUCUUUUUUUGUUUUUCUGUUUGUUUUUUGUUUUCUUUUUGUCUGAAACAGCAGGUUUUAGAUGUUAAUAUCUAUCAAUUAGUUUUUGGUCAGUAGACAAUUUCAUAUUUUUUGAAAUGUUUUGAAAACUAUGACCAGCCCAUUUUGUUUGUCCCUUCUUCAACAUGGUUGUCCUUUGGAAGAACAUAUAAAGAAGUGAAUAAGAUAAAAAAUAUCUUUACCUUAUUAAUGUUGUGCAUACUUGAAAAAAGUUUCAUUAGAAACCUAGUUCAGAAUCUGAGCUAAUUUACAUAUGACCUCUGUAAUAAAUGGUAUUGAUGAUCAGAGAAUGUAUUUCAGAAUACUACAGUAUAUUAUGAAGCAUGACCACUUUAUUUUCAAACUUAGCAAUUGCAUUGCUGGGGUGUAUUGUAUCUGCAGCAUGUCACUGAUUAUUCCAGUUAGUUUUAUAAUGAUUUUUUAAAAACAUAUCUCUUUUGAAUAAAUAAGAAAUGGCAACAAUAAUUGUUGCUAACUUGUUCAACCCCUUAGCCACACUGUAUGGUCAACAGAUAACCAAGAUACAGUGGAAUGCCCCAUACAGUAUAUUACUGUUAUGUAAUGAUUGGUAUUGGAAGCAAUUUGAUACUGAAAUGCUUUGAUAUGCUAAUUGACAUGGAACAAGUUUUUUUCCUGCUCCCCAAAUAGAAUUUUGUAACCUACUUUGCUGUUUUUAAAAACAUUUUGUAAGAAUGCGUCAUUUUGGGGGGAAUGGCCAUCCAUCAACAAAUAUCCUAACUGCUACUUUGUUAUAUGAGUAUAUAAAAUACUUUCAUUGAAUUCAGUUGUAUAAUGAGUAUUUUGAAAGAAAUUUUUUUCAAUAUUAUUUUUAUCAUGGAAAUAUUGAAAUCAACUUAAGCUAAUUCAGUUUUAUUACAAAGGACUAUAGCUUUUGGUCAGAAUGCUAUUUGGUGAUGGAAACUUGUUCAUAAUUUAUUGUUACUGUUGAAAUAUUUUAAUUUUGUCAUUUGAAGCUCAAAUAGUGAAAUCUUUCCAUUUGUUCUGUGCCUUCAGUUUAAAUUAUUUCAGGAUUUUUCAGAUAUGUUUAAACAAUCAUUCUGGAUGGAAAUAAAUGUCAUCCUUUCCAUACA